GUCGGUUGUCCAUGCUCCGUGCUCCGUCAUCGUACGGAAAACGUGUUUAGUACGGAGUUUGUGGAAAAUAAAUCGCUGACGUCUCGUUAAAAAACGAGACCGAAUGAAGCAAUGGCAUUAGAGGCAAGUGCGUUUGAACGAAUACGAAAAAGAAUUUAAAAGAUCUAGUGUACUUUUAGGCGAAAAAUCGGAGUACGGAGACGCUCUCUGAAUUCACUUUUCUCAUAUUGUUUCAUUAAACCUUAUACCGAAUGGAUUAUUCUGUUUGUCGACAGUCGCAGUGAGUUUUAAUCACGAUAAACGACGAGUGCAGUUGAUAAAAAAAAAAAAUAAAAAAAAAAAAACCCAAGAAUAACACGCGGUUUCCCUACGUGUGUUUAUACACAACCGUCGUAUUCAUACUCCACGUGUGAGUGUGUAUAUGUGUAAGUGCGCGUAUUAUUUGUACGUGUGUGAUUUGGCUGGCCGUCGCGCGAAUGGCGGCUCGGUCACAGUUGUGUUGUGACGUUCGGUGUCGCGCUUCGUGCUGUCAGUCUUGCAGGACUAGCGACAAACUCGUACCAUUCAAUUUUCACACGCUACAUUGCAUCGUUGACGCGAGACCCUUUCGUACCCGUGUUCCAGUGUCUUAGUAUGUGCGCGUUUCUAUUUUCUACAUAAGGAAUUUUCUGCAAAUUGUCACGAAAAUGACGAGAUAUUCACAACCAAAACGGACCAUUAAUUUGUUUUAUUUAUUUUCCUUCGUUCGGUUUCGAAAGACCUCCUGUCAAUGUGUUAUACCGGAGUAAUAACGAUUCUUUGCUUGUCUCCUAUGACUCCUAUGAAACCGGGGAAAAUUUGAAUGAGUAUACGGAAUUGAGAUUCACAUUUCGGUGAGAGCAAAGAACAGGAGGGGAGAGGUAACCAUAACCACGUUUCGCUCAAUGCUGAACCGCUAGAAAGAGCACGUUAUUUUCUUCCGCGUUGGAGUAAUAUCAUCGUUAUUAUUGUUAUUAUCAUUAACCGUAUCAAUUUCUCCGGCUCUUCCGGAUCGUGUUUGUUGGAAAAUUAUACUUAUUUUGUGAAUAUCGCAACGGUGACUGCGACAGGUGCGCUUUAGUCGUGUAGGCGUGUCGCAUCUAAAAUCAGCUCUCACUCUCUAUCUGCUUCGAUUUUAUACCUGUGGAGCUGUUUUUUUUUUUUUUUUUUUUUUUUUUAUCAUCGUCUGUGCUACGAAAUCGAGAGUGAGUUCAGGGAGAAACGUCGAGUGGACAAGCACGAGGUGAAUUGAUAGUGAGAAAUAAAAAUUGUACAAAGUGUAACACGAUGAUAAAUAGACGGAAAAAAAUCUCGGGGUUCGGUUCGAUCGUCAGUGAAUUUUCACGAUCAUGAAAAUCUACAACGAAUUUAUUGAUGACGACUGUCGCGGGAGUUUCUCUGUCAGCUGAGUGACACUGCGUCCAGACAAGGCUUUAGAAUUCGCGCAAUAUCUUGGCACGCGGAAUUGUCGAUGAUUUUACAAUCUAUUAAGCAGCAGGAAUUUACUUUACUACUCAUCGAUUUAAAUGGUCGACGAUAUUUUGUGACUUGGUUUGAACGCGCACUAUUAAUCGAGCGGAAAAAACGUGAGUUGAAAUUUCGGUCGAAUUGAAGCACAAAGGGAGGUUUGUGCCAAAAAAUAUUAUCGAAGAGACAUGAAAAAAAUUGGAGGUUAAGUUAGGAACGGGGCUGAAUUUUUGUGACCGUUCACGCCCCCUUUUGCUCUUGACAAAGAUGAUAAAAGAGCAGCAGGUUGUCAGGACAUUUACCGUGUAACACGAACACGAUAACACACAAUUUUUACUACUUCGAACCGAAGAAACUGGCGGAUUCUGCGGUGGAAUAAAAAUUCAAAUAAUAAAGAAAACGAUCGAGCGCUUCGCGCGAUAGAGACUCGGCUCCCGUGCUCGGAACGCGGAAAGGCCCCGUGUGACUUCAAGAACAUCGAGCUGUCCAAGUAUUCAACGAUUUAUACGCCUCCUUGUCUCGACUCAACUGAAAAUAAAUAAUAAAGUGUAAUGAAACAAUAGAAGAAAUCAUUCUCGUGAUUUUUCGCGGCGCAGCCGCGCGCCCCUCGUUCUUUGCGGUUUAGCUGUGUUUAUUAUCAUUGUGGCCGAGUGAGCGAUCGAGUGCGAGUGAAGUUUGUUGGUAAUCAACACGAGUGCGGAUGGUGAUAAGAUGUUCAACUUUAUGAAGAAGGCGGCCGAGAAGGACGACAAGGAGAAACGGAAGAGAGAAAAGAAGGAGCGGAAAGAUGUUAAGAAGCGUGAUCGCGGCAGCAUGUCUGCCGAAGAACUUUUGCGUCUCGACGAGGUUCGUCGUUCGUUAAAGAUACGUUCGCGACGUAAAGAGAAGGAAAAGCUGCCCUCGGGUAUCACGGCUGAUUACAGUGCUUCAUUUUUCGCGGAGCUCGAUCGCGAUCUCCUGGAAAAUCCGCCGUGCAAUCCUGCCGGAACGAGCUGGACUCGUACGCCCGAUGGUUUGACCCAGAGCGAUUCGUCCGAAGCAUCGUUGACGUCGCUGACGAACGCCAGUGGCAAACCGGUACCCCCGCUGUUACCGCCGAAACCACCGAAGCGUGGAAUUCUCAAAGGACCAAGAUUGAGCAUCACGAGUAUUGGGCCAGUCGCUGAAACCGUUGCUGCUGUACAAAACGGCAUCGAAGUUGAAACCAAUCAUCAAGAUGUGAAUUUGCUCGUUAGAAACACACUGCAAAAUGAAGUUAUAGCUUAUCAGAAUGUACCGAAUCAACAACAACAACAACCCCAUGAAUUCGGUAGCGAGGAAGAAUCUUCUUCGUAUCAAAUUAGACCAAGUCCACACGGACCGAGUAACGAACGCCAACAUCAAAAUCCAGGUCACCAUCAUCAUCAUCAUCAUCAUCAUCAUCAUCAUACUUCUGACACAAAAUUAUUGCAGGUAGUAACGAGUGCAAGUCCAUCGGCGGAUUCAUUGACGGAUACAACGAAUUCGAGUUUCGCAACACCGCCAUUCAGUCUGUCACCGAUCGGCGAGUCGCAGGGUUUUGCGCGCUGGCGUUCGUCAGCCUCCUUCGAGGAGCAAGGAGUCGAGCUCGGUUUGCCGGAAAUAGUGCCCCUCGUACUUCCGGAAGCACGGGAAUUGACGAUACAACGGCAGCCACCGCCGCGAAACGAUUUCGGUUUUUCCCUACGCCGAGCUGUCAUAGUUGAACGUGGAAAUAACGGAAUAACGCAAAUGCGACCGGUUAUAUUCGCCGAACCCGGCGCUAUCGUGCAAAAUAACAACGACACGGGUUUGUUACCCGGCGACAGGCUCAUCGAGGUCAAUGCCAUUAAUGUUGACGACAAAUCGAGGGAGGAGGUCAUCGACCUUAUCAAAGGCUCGGCUAACAGUGUCACGGUCAAGAUUCGGUUUCAGGUACAGCCAGUGGCCGAAUUAUCAGAAUUGUCGAGACGAGGUGACACCGAUGGACGUCAGGUGGAAUUGGCGCCGGCGAAUAUUCGCGGUGGUACACUGAGACGAUCGGGGAGCUUGAGAUUUCAUCAGAACACGGCGCGGACAGAGGAACAUCUCGCCCAGGAACAAGCGUGGCACGCCUCCGAGAGAAUUUGGCUGUUGCACAGAGGCGGCUUUACAUCAGCUACGAGAUGUGGCGCGGCGGAUCCGGACACGGGCAAAUUGAGGGUUCGAUUGAUACCGAACGGAGAAGAGUUACUCGUCGACGAAGAAGACGUGGAGAAGGCUAAUCCACCGCAAUUCGACAAGGCUGAAGAGCUCUCACAGCUUCGUUUCUUGAACGAGUCAUCGGUACUGCACACUCUGAGACAACGCUACGCGAGUAAUUUGAUUCACACUUACGCCGGUGAAAAUAUGAUUGUUAUAAAUCCGGUCGCACCGUUGGCCAUUUAUUCCGAAAAGGUUGUACAUAUGUUCAGAGGAUGUAAGAGCGAAGACAUGCCUCCUCAUAUUUACGCGAUGGCACAAUCCGCUUAUCGUGGAAUGUUGGCUACCCGAAGAGAUCACUCCCUCGUUUUUCUCGGUCGCAGCGGUGCUGGAAAAACUACGAACUUCAAACACGCCCUUCAUUAUCUCGUGCUCGCUGCUGGCACUGUCAACAAGAUUCUGACGAUUGAGAAGCUGAAUGCUCUCUUCACGGUUCUCGAAGCUUUCGGGAACAGCCGAACGCACAUGAAUUCCAAUGCGACUCGUUUUAGCCAACUUUUCAGUCUCGAUUUCGAUCAAUCGGGUCAAAUUGCAUCGGCAUCUCUGCAAGUUCUGUUAUUGGAAAAAACACGAAUAGGUCGGAGGAUAAACGGAGAUCCCACGUUCCACGCGGUUUACAGACUUUUGGCGGGUGCCGAAGGUGCACUACGCAAAGAACUGAAUUUGACUAAUCUCGUCGCCGAGAACAACCCAUUUAUAACGCCGUUGCAAAAGCACGAGGACAAGCAGCGGGCUAUGGUUGAAUUUAAUCGUAUUGUCGCCGCAUUGAAAAUUCUCGGUGUAACAGAAUCCGAGGAAAAGGUUAUUUGGCUCGUGCUCGCGGGUAUCUAUCAUCUCAGCUGCGCUGGUGCUGUCAAAGCGGGCACGAGUUCUCAGAGCAGAUGGCAAUUUGCUCGCGUUGAGUGCGCCGAACGAGCAGCAAAUUUACUCGGUACUUCGGUCGAAGAACUCAGUCGAAUGGUAUUCUCUGGUAACACGGGAGGUGGAGGGACUCCCAGUGGGCCCAGACCGGCUCUCAGGACUCCCAGUCCAACGGAAAGCGGUAAAGACAUGUCGGGGCUUGACGCUCUCGAAGGAUUGCUCGUCGGAUUGUACUCCGAAAUCUUUCAUUGCAUUGCUGCGCUCAUCAACAAAUCGAUUUCGUCACCCGUUCACACGGUCUCGUCGUUGUUGCUCUGUGACGCUCCGGGUUUUCAAAAUCCAGCUUCUUGCGGUCGUCAGACUGGCGCGACUUUUGAGGAUCUUUGCCACAAUUAUCUGCAAGAACGGUUACAAUUGUUAUUCCAUCAUACCACACUCGUCGCACCAAGAGAUAGAUACGUGCAAGAGGGUAUAGACAUCGAUUGUGACGAUGAUAACGAUGUUGACUCCAUCAAUUCGCCCCAAGCACUGGUCUCCCUUCUUGAUCGUGGACAACAAAGUGCGACGAUGUUACGAACGAGUCAGAGUGAUUUGAGUGGAAGCCGUCAGGCCGAGAGAAAAGGACUUCUGUGGCUGUUGGACGAGGAAACUAUUUGUCCUGGUGGAAGUGACGAAAGUUUUCUAGAGCGGUUGUUCUCGCACUAUGGGGAUCGAGAUCAUCAAGUUUUGCUGAGAAAAGCACCGGGCAAUAAUCAAUUCGUUCUUCAACACCUCCAAGGUACAAAUCCGGUGCUGUACACGGCGACUGGAUGGCUCAAAGCAACUCGAGAGAAUCCGGUUACCCGGUGUGCGAUCACCGUUCUACAGGAAAGUACGAGGGAAGACAUUAGCAGGCUAUUCGUAUGUGCUCGUGGCGCUGGCGUCUCCGGUGCUCUCAGUGGAUCAGUACCUGGCAUUGAAGGUUCGCAAUCGUUGAGGAGAGCCUCUAGCAUAAGAAGAACGUUCACCGCAAUUAAGAGGAAAAAUGCCUGUCUACAAGUUAAAUUUACUGUUGAUGGUCUCGUGGAAACCUUAAGAAGAACUCGAGUGAAGUUCGUUCACUGCCUCUUGCCUCAACAUACUGCUGGUUGUACCGAGAACAAGAGUCUUCUCUCCGUAAAAUCGAAUCAAAGUGAAGACAGCAUAAUCAACGUACCGCUGUUGCGAUCGCAGGUACGCGGCAGUCAAAUCGUCGAUGCAGUGCGGUUGCACAAAGUCGGUUUCCCCAAGUACAUGCCACUGGGUGAGUUUAGAAGACGAUUUGGACUUUUAUCUCAUGACGUGAACACCAGACCCGGAAGUCCCGUCGCCGACGAGAGACGAGCCGUCGAAGAUAUGCUGCUGUCCGUCGACGUUGAUCCCGCUUCUUACCGCGUCGGUCAAAGUCAGAUAUUCUUCCGGUCUGGAGCUCUGGAACGACUCGAGUCUCAGCGAGACGAGAAACUUACGGGACACAUUAUUCUACUUCAAGCGAGAUGCCGAGGUUAUCUGGCUCGCAGAAAACUCAAUACACUCAAGCUUCAAGAUUUAGCGGUGAGAUGCAUACAGAGAAACGUAAGAAAACUUAUGUCGGUUCGCGAAUGGCCAUGGUGGAGAUUGUACGUGAAAGUAGCGCCUUUGCUCAACGUUCAUCGCACCGAAGAUCAAUUGAAAGCUCGAACGGAGGAAUUGGAGGUGCUGAGAGCAAAAGUCGAGAGGCUAGAGCAAGAGAGAAAUCAUUUGAAACAUGACAACGACAAACUCGAGGCCAAGUUGAGCGUGAUGUCGGCCGAUUUUGCGGAAGAGCAUUCAACGUCUACGCUUGCGGCCGAGAGAAUAGAUGCUGAGACAUCGGAAAGAUUACGCCUCGAGCGUGAACUCCAGGAUGUCACGGAGGCAAAUAAGAAUCUUCAACAAACGACCGAGCGUCUCGAAAUGGAAUUACUCUAUGCAAGAGCUGCUGAUCUCAACGGACUUACAUCCGAUCUCGAAGAUGGCGAGGACGGUGGGGUGUACAAGCAGAGAUACGAACAUGCCGUGAGAGAAUUGGAGUUUACCAAAAGAAAAAUGGCUCAACAACACGAGGACGAUCUCGAACAGCUCGUAGGUCUCAAGAAGCAAUUGGAGAAAAAGCUCGCGGACGCUUAUGAAGAGGUCGAAGAGCAACGACAGGUCGUUGGCCAGUGGAAGAGACGUGUACAGAAGCUCAAUGGCGAGAUGCACGAUCUUAGACUUUUGCUCGAGGAACAAACUGCGAGAAACAAUCUUCUCGAAAAGAAACAGCGCAAGUUCGAUGCUGAAACGCAAAAUCUCAUCGACGAUCUGCGUCAGGAAAAAGCACAACGCGAACGUCUUGCACGUGAGAAAGAAAUAGCAAUUGCAGAGAAAUUCACCGUUGAACAGAAUUUGAGUGAUGCCAAACUCGAGAUCGAGUUACAAGAGGAACGACUUCAUACGCUGGGCCAGGAGCUUGAGGAAUUGACUUUCGGUGGGAAAACCGAGGAAGAGGUAGCCCAAUUGAAAAAGGCUAAACACGAGCUCGAGAAAAAGGUCAAGGAUCAGGAAGAGGAACUCGACGAUCUGGCGGGACAAGUACAACUUUUGGAACAAGCCAAGCUCCGUCUCGAGAUGAGUAUCGAGCAGCAACGUAAAGAAAUGCGUAAAGAGAUGCAACAACGUGACGAAGAGCUCGAGGACUGUCGCGGUAAUGCACACAAAAAGGUCAAAGCCCUCGAGUCACAGUUGGAGAGCGAGCACGAGGAGAGAACUAUACUGUUACGAGAGAAGCACGAACUUGAGAGACGCUUGGUUGCCUUCGAGGAACAGGAUCGUACUGAUCGUGCUGCCGAAGCUGAGACCACGCAGAGAUUGAAGAGAGACCUGAAAAGAACUCGUGCUCUUCUACGAGAUGCUCAGAUAAUGCUUGAACGAUCGAAAGGCGAUUCGACUGGUAAAGCAGCUCUGCGACAGUUGAAAAAUCAAUUAGAGGAUGCCGAAUGUGCUAGAGCCGUUGCAGCUAAGGCUAAACAAGCCCUGGAACAAGAAUUGAAUGAAACACAAGCCGCCCUCGAAGAAGCUUCGCGAUCAAGAUCCGAAGCUGAGGAACGUGCCAAUACAGCGAAUCGUGAGAGAACCGAGUUGGUAUCGCAGUUGGAGGAAAACGAGGAAGAAUUGGCAGAGGUAUUGAAAAAAUAUCGUGCAGCUGUGCAGCAAGUAUCGGCUGAACAAUCGCAAUUGCAAGAGGCACAGGUUCAAAUAGCGGCAUUAGAGGCUGAAAAGUCGUCGUUGAAGGAUCAACUCUUAGAGUUAAGUCAACGACUCGAAUCCGUUGAACAAUUGGGUGAUCCAACGGCUAAUAGUCUUGCAACCAGAAGACUCGAAUUCCGUGCAAAAGAGCUCGAAAGCAAAUUAGAACUUGAGCAAACAACGCGAGCUCGCCUCGAGACACAAAUCACAAGGCUCAAGGAAUCUGUCGACAAAUUACAAACUGAGACUGCUCUACUACGAACAAAAGAACAAACGGCUCAAGACGCUGCUAGACGAUUGCAGCGGUCAUUGCGCGAAGCGAGAGAUGAAUCGAGUGUAAUCGCAGCACGAGAACAAGAAGCAACACGUGCACGACGAGAUCUCGAAAAAGCUCUUGAAGCUGCUGAGGCUGAGACCAAAGUAGCACGCGACGAUCUCAGGCUAGCACUCCAACGAAUCGAUGAUCUACAAAGCGCCAUACAGGGGGAACUCGAUUUGGAUUGCAGCGAAGAAGCAACCAGCGAAAAUAGUGAUAGUGAUUGAUCCAUAUCGCCGGCAGAGUCCGAUCCAGAAGUUUAAAUCUCAUAGUCGCCAGUGGAAGAAAUGGAUGACGUGUUGAGACGAACAAUCAUCGACGCGUUUCUCGAUUGUUAUUCCUCGUGGAAGUAGAUGUGAGAUGAAUUCAAUUCAGAGUUUGAGUUGACAAAGUGUUUUCUUUUUGCGCGAAAAAAAACACCCAAAUUUGCGUUAAUAAACGCUUGAAAUCAUGCGAACGAGAAAAUGUAGAGAUCGAUCGCGUGUGUAUGAGCAGAGCAUAAACCCACCUGCCGAUAAUUUCGAUCGAAUUUCUCUUGCAUUUAUCGCAACUAUCGUCUUUUCAAUGUGUAUUUUAAAAGAACAUUUUACGCUGAAAUCGAAAGGAAAGAAAAAAAUAAUUUGUCAUGCUGGAGAGUCCGCAAAUUACUUUAUAGGAUAAAUACAAGAAUGGCUAAUUGAGAAAUCGUGAGUAUGACGGGCGCGUUUCAUAUCGCGAACAAUAAAAGCUCGAAUGAGAGAUUUUGACAAUAAUUAAAAUAUCUCACGAGCCUUCACCGAACAAUGGAAAAGAUUGUGCUUUUUUACCGUGCUAUUUUUUUCCUACAAAGACUGCUUCUUUAAAAUAAGAUAACAUUGUUUUGUUACUUAAAAGAAGAGUAAAAGGAACAGAGAGAAAAGAGAAAAUGAGAGAUUACACUGAGUGAGAUAUUUUCUUUACGAAAAUGAACUUUUUCUCUUGAACACACGUUCGUGCAUAAAGAACUCGGUUUGUUUCUCUUCAUUGUUGAUUGCUAUGCCAUUAUGAAAAAUCAAUUGUAGCGUUUUUUAAUCAAUUACUCGAUCAUUUCAUGAUCGAGUAAAAUGAUCGAAUUUCGUUUUAUUGACCGAGAUUUUUGCUUGAAUUUUGUGCUAGCAUCGCCCCCGAAUAUUUCUCUCAGAAUCUCCCUCUCUUUUUCAUUUCAGUUCCUUCGCUUUUCCUUUUUUUCUCUCGAUAGAAACAUGAUAGCUCGUAUUUAUCGAGAGUCCUAAAAGUCUUCCAGGGCAAACUCGGACCGAACACGAAGAAAAAAACCCUUCAACUGCAUUUUUUAUAAAAGUCAUUUUCGCGUUAUCGGUAAGCAAGAAAAAAAUACCUCCGCGCUAUUGUCUCAUCUUUGUAGCUAUGUACAUGGUUAUAAAGGUAAACAAAAUAAUGAUUUCGAUGCUAUACAUUCAUUAUAGAGAGCCAACAGAGACAACACAUAUACACAGACAUACCAUAAAUGAAUAACAAUAGAACAAUAAGAAAACAAAAGAAAAUACGAAAAUAACGAUGGUACAUAUGAUCACAGAAAAAAGAACAAAUACACGAAACACAAAAUACGUCGCUUUUACACGUGUAUACGACGACUUAUCGUGAAUGUUGGGCAUGCGGGCUUCGCUAUAAUUGAAUACUUGUAUAAAACCGCCCGCGAUUCACUGUUGAAAGUCCGUCAAGUGUUUUUUCAUUUCGUGUAUGGAAUUUAUGUAACUUAUUGCUUUGUAAAAUGCAGAUCUUAUUUAAUUAA